AUGACAGGUGUGAGCAGCAUGACAGGUGUGAGCAGCAUGACAGGUGUGAGCAGCAUGACANAGUGGACGGACACCCUCGUCAGCAGCACCCACCCGUCCCCGCCGUCCCUGCAGUGGACGGACACCCUCGUCAGCAGCACCCACCCGUCCCCGCCGUCCCUGCAGUGGACGGACACCCUCGUCAGCAGCACCCACCCGUCCCCGCCGUCCCUGCAGUGGACGGACACCCUCGUCAGCAGCACCCACCCGUCCCCGCCGUCCCUGCAGUGGACGGACACCCUCGUCAGCAGCACCCACCCGUCCCCGCCGUCCCUGCAGUGGACGGACACCCUCGUCAGCAGCACCCACCCGUCCCCGCCGUCCCUGCAGUGGACGGACACCCUCGUCAGCAGCACCCACCCGUCCCCGCCGUCCCUGCAGUGGACGGACACCCUCGUCAGCAGCACCCACCCGUCCCCGCCGUCCCUGCAGUGGACGGACACCCUCGUCAGCAGCACCCACCCGUCCCCGCCGUCCCUGCAGUGGACGGACACCCUCGUCAGCAGCACCCACCCGUCCCCGCCGUCCCUGCAGUGGACGGACACCCUCGUCAGCAGCACCCACCCGUCCCCGCCGUCCCUGCAGUGGACGGACACCCUCGUCAGCAGCACCCACCCGUCCCCGCCGUCCCUGCAGUGGACGGACACCCUCGUCAGCAGCACCCACCCGUCCCCGCCGUCCCUGCAGUGGACGGACACCCUCGUCAGCAGCACCCACCCGUCCCCGCCGUCCCUGCAGUGGACGGACACCCUCGUCAGCAGCACCCACCCGUCCCCGCCGUCCCUGCAGUGGACGGACACCCUCGUCAGCAGCACCCACCCGUCCCCGCCGUCCCUGCAGUGGACGGACACCCUCGUCAGCAGCUCCAGCAGGCGCAGGCAGGUCCCUGACGAAGGCGGCGACUCGCGCGAAAGCGUCUGA